AUGAAAUUCUUAUGUAAUUUAAUAUUUUUUUACUUUUUAAGUUGUUAUUUAAGUAAAAAUUUAUACAAAAAUAAAUAUCUAUUUAAGCAAAAUAAAAAAGGAAGCAUAUUUUCUAUAAAAUGUCGUAAAAAACAUAUAAAAAAAAGGGAUACUAAUAUACAUUUCUAUAAUUUCUUACACCAAAAUAAAGCUUUGCAUGAAAAGAAAAAUUAUAAACUUACUUUUAGUAAAAUUAAUUAUAAAUCAAAAAGAAAAAAAAUUAUUAAUUUCUUAAGAAUUGUGAAAUUAAAUGAUUUAAAAAAAAAUAAUGAUUUUUUAUUUUCAUUAAACAGUAGGAAACAUAGUGAAAAAUCAAAUAGGAAUUUGUUGUCUAGUUUAUUUUGUAAAGCUUUGGAAAAGAGUAAAAUCAAAAGUAAUUUGUUAAAUGAUGCAACAAAACUAUUUAGAAUAAUAAGAGAAAGUAAAUAUAUUUUUGCUACAGGAUUUCUAUUAACUAUUGUAUCUUCAAUUGUAGAUUCAUAUAUUCCUAUAUUUUUAUCAAAAACUUUAUCCUUUGUAAUGAAUAAAAGUUCUGGAAUUUUAAAGAAUAAAAACUUUCAAAUUUUGAAUUCUUUUAUUUAUUAUUUAAAUUUUAAUAAUCCUUUUUAUAUGUAUGUAUUAGUUUCUCUUUUAAGUUUACUUUUUUCUUCUUUCAGAUCAUAUAUAUUUAAUGUAUGUGCAUAUGUAAGUACAUGCAAGUUACAAAAUUAUUUAUUUAAUGUUUUAAUAUACAAAAAUAUAAGUUUCUAUAAGAAAAAAGGGAAAGGAGAAUUAAUAAGUAGAUUAAAUAUAGAUUCAUCCGAAUUAAUUGAUAUUUUCACCACUAACCUAAUUGUAUUAUUAAGAAAUAUGAUUAAAAUUGCAUUGUCUUUUUAUUUUCUCUAUAAAAUAAAUAUAAGCUUAUUUAUAGUAUCCUUAUUUAUUGUUAUAAUUAUUUCAAACGUUUCUAUAUUUUUUUCAAGUAUUUUUCGUAAAUUUGCAAAGGAUGAAAGUUAUAUCAUUGCACAAUCUAACAACAUUAUAGAAGAAUCUAUCUAUAAUUUUUCUCUUAUACAUGCAUUUAAUACACAUAAUAAAGAAAUAGAAAAAUUUAAUAAAUCGUUAGAUAAUAUUUAUUUAUGUAGGAUAAAAUUAGGUUUAUUAUAUAUGUUGGAAAAAUUUUUCAUUCGUUUAAUUGAUAUGAUAACUUUUGUUGUAACCCUAAUUCUAAGUAAAAAAACAUUAGAAAAUAAUAAUUAUGUUGAAUCUAGAACUAUAAUUUCAUCGGUUAUAUAUAUGCAGAAUAUUAUAUCUCAAUCUUGCACAAUUGAACAGCAAUAUUCACGAGUUCAAGAGCUAAUUGGUAAUGCAGAAGAUGUUAUAAAAUUAAUUGAAAGGGAAACUUUUCGUAAUAAUCAAAAUAAAAUUAGUACAAAUAAAUAUAAUAUAUCAAGUUUCUUUAACUUAAUUGAUUUAAAAAAUAUAAUUUUAAAAUAUUCCCUCAUAAAAAAAUUUCAAACUAUUCAAAAAAAUGCAGAUUAUGUUGCUAAUAUUAUUAAACCUAAUUAUCUUAAACUCUUUGAAAGAAAUUAUAAUAAUUUAAUGAAGUUAUUGUUGGAUAAUAAAUCUUGUUUAAAUGAUGAUGAAUUCUAUUUAUGCAAAGAAGUGAAAAAGGUGAAAAAUGAGAAAAAUGAAAAAAAUGAGAAAAAUGAAAAAAAUGAAAAAAAUGAAAAUAGUUUUAAAGAAAAACAUAUAAAUAUUCAGGAUAAAGAAACCUCGAUGCCAAUAAAAAAUAAUAUACAUGAUACAAAAACAGAUAAAUUAAGCAUUCUUUCAGUUAAUGAAAAAAAUAUAAAAUUUGAAAAAAAAAAAGAAAAUAAUUCUAUAAAAUUAAAUAAAGAAAAUGAAAUUAGUAAUGUUAUGAAAAGUCCUAGUUCUAAAAAUAACAAUGGAGAUAAUUUCAAUAAAUAUGAUCUUUCAAAUAAAUUAAAAAUAAACAAGUAUGAUAUAAAUAUUGAAGAAAUUUACAAUUUUAUUAAAAAUGAUGAUGAACUUAUUAUAAAAUACAACUUGGAUAGAAAAUUUAUAAAUUUUUUAUUGUCAAAGUAUAAAAAAAAUAUUUUAUCAUUAAUCUUAAAGUUGUAUGAAGAAAAAAAUAAUUUUAUAAGCGAAAAUUUUUUAUUUAUGUUUGAUAAUAUUUGUUCAUUUAAAAAAUUGUCCAUUAAAGACAAAAAGAGUAUUCUAAAAAUGAGUAACGUAACAAAUAAGACAUUAUAUAUAAUAUUGCUAACUUUUUUGUUUUACAAUUAUUCAAAGUUUUAUUAUAAAAAAAAAAGAAAAAACAUAAUCAAUUUUUUAGAAAAAAAACAUAAAUUGUCAUGUAAUAAUCAAAAUGAAAAUUUAAAUAAUAAUAAUAAUAAUAAUAAUAAUAAUAAUAAUAAUAAUAAUAAUAAUAAUAAUAAUAAUGAAAUAAAUGAUGCAAAUAUAAACAAUACAAAUAUGAGUGAUGUUUUAAAUGAUGCAACUAUAAAUGAUUGUAAUGUGAAUGAUAUUCAAGGAAAAAACAACAUUGAAAAUAGCAACAUGUACUUAUUAAAAACUGAAUUAAUAAAUUACGAAGAAAUUUUAAAAAAAAAAAAAAAAAAAAAGAGCCUUAUUAAUAUAUUUCCAUACAUAAUACAGAACGCCAUAAAAGAAUUGGAAAUUUUAAAAUUUAUUGAUGAAAAUUACAAAUAUAUAAAUGAAAAUUUAAUGAUGGAUAAUGUAAAAGAUGAAAAAAAAGGAAGCACUUUAAUUUUUGAAAAUGUUGACUUUUAUUUUGCAAAAUACCCGAAGAAUAAAAUUUUAUCAAAUAUUAAUUUAAAAUUUUCACCAGAAUAUACAUAUGGGAUAUUAUGUUAUAACGAUUCAGGAAAAGAAUAUUUGUCAAAAUUAUGCUCACGAUUAUAUAAUAAAAAAUAUGGGAAUAUUCUAUUAGAUAAUGAAAAUAUAGAAGAUAUAUCUAAAUAUAUUUUGACAAAAAAAAUUUCUUUAAUAGAAGAAGAAAGUUAUUUGUUUAGUGAUACUAUAAUAUACAAUAUACUUUAUUCUUACAACUGUGUAACAAAAGAAAAUAAAAUUUUAUCACAUUUAAAUUAUGAUUUUAAAUUAAAUCAUAAUAAUAUAAAUAAUUGUGUCCAUUUAUUUUUAGAUCACGACUUUUUAAGUGAAAAUAAUAAAAAAAAAAAUAUAUCAAAAUUAAAUAAAAAAAUUUUAAAUGAUAAUGAGAUAAUUCAAGAAAAUAGUGAUAUAAAUUUUAAAAGGUGCCUGAUGUGUGGAAAGAAUAUAAACACACGGUUAAUUGAAGAGCAAAAAAAAAAAAAAGGUUAUAACAAAUAUAAAGUACAUUUCAUAAAAAAGCUAUAUAAAGAAAUCAUGAAAGUAUGUAAAAUUGUUCGUCUAAAAGAUGUAAUCAAUUGUUAUAACGAUAAAUUCUUUCACAAAAUUAAUGAUAAAAUAUUAUCUGGAGGACAGAAACAAAAAAUAUCAUUAGCAAGAGCAAUCAUAAAAAAACCCCAAAUUUUAAUUUUAGAUGAAGCCUUCAGUGCAUUAGAUUCAGAUAAUGAAUUAAAAAUAUUUUCAAACAUAAAAAAAUACUUACCAAAUUGUACCAUUAUAAAUAUUUCUCACAAAACAACGACAAUUAAUCAUUGUGAUUAUAUUUAUAUAUUAAAAGAUGGAAAAAUUAUAGAAGAGGGUUUGAGAUUAAAAUUGAUGAAAAAUAAAAAUAGUGAAUAUGUAAAAAAAAUCAAUGAAUUAUGA